UAUAUCUUUGUAAGAUUAAUAUAACAAAUAACUACAUAUAGAAAGCAUUUACACAAUGUCGAAUUCUAAGAAAAGUCCAGACUGUAAUCUAGAAGGAGCCACAGUACUUAGAGAUGAAAUGCAAAAAAUGGUAAAGAAAAAAGAAAAAUCUUCUGCACAACCAAAGUGUAAAUUGGAUUUGCAUGGUUGCCUAAAUCUCCAAGAUAUUCUGCUCAUGUUUGAUAGUCCUAUACGUCAAGAACGAGCAUGGGCAUUAUGUUACCAGAUAGUGAAAGGCCUAUCACGCUUAACAGAGAACAAAUUUUAUGAAAUAUCAGAACUCUGGCAGAUUGUGCUUCACAAAGAUGGGGACAUAUGUCUUGAAAGUUUGGCAGGUUCCAAACAACCUCUUGUUUCUGAAGAAAAGGCCAUAUUCUCUUUAGGCAUGACAAUUUUUAAGGCCUUGGAUUUUGGCUCUAAUGCAGGAGAGGAAAUAGCCUUAUCACCAGAUCUAGAAGCUCUUAUUACAUUAAUGACAAGUUGCAAUCGAGCAUCUGAAGGUGAUGUUGAAGAACGUCUACAAGAGACAGAUGAUGAAGGUAUUGAGCGAGACUCGGGUGAAACUGAUGCAGAAGAUUAUAUGAUGCCAAAAGCUACUGAAUCAUGUACAGGUAGUUCUGUAUGUACCUUGAAGACCAUUCUCCAAAUAUGCGAACGGCAUGUGCAGAGUUUGCAUGAAGAUUCUGAUAAUUAUUAUCGAAAUGUGAUACAAAUGUUUGUGGAGGAAGCUCUUAAUCUUUCUCAAUUUCUGGAAAAAGUGGUUGUUGACAAGCAAUCACAAGAUUUGUACAGUCCAAGCAUCAAUGAUGUUGAUCGUAAUUCUAUCUCAUUGCAGAACAUUGAUACAUUGGAUUUCAAUGAUUGGACAGACAUUAGAAUUUGGAGGGCUAUACAAGCCAGAUUUUGGGUUCAAGUAAUUAGCGAGUUGAGACGAGGGGUAAAAUUGAAAAAAGUGGAAGCCAAUUUGGGCUCCCGCGCGUCUUCGCGCGCACAAGGGAAUCGUCCGGAUUACAAAUUAACUCCUUAUGAAAUUUUAAUGGAUGACAUUAGGGAGAAACGAUAUCAUCUCAGAAAAACACCACCCACUCCUUCGAGAAAAGACGCGCACGCAAUUAUUUUAGAAUUCAUUCGAAGUCGGCCACCUCUAAAAAAGGCUUCAGAGAGACGGUUACGACCAUUACAAAAAGAAUGUACGCUGAGAGAACUACUCAUGGAAAGUAUAAAGAAGCCUCCAAAACCUUUAAGAUCUUCAAGUUCAAGACAAAACGUUCCUAGAGUCAAAGAAACAUCAGUUUGCGGCAAGUCUCGCAUGAUAGUCCUUGGAGAGGUGCCGCCGUCGCAACCAGAGCAGGAGCAGGAGUCUGCGCAAGAUGUUGCGGCUCAGUGGUUGCAAUCGGAGGAUCAGAGGACAGCUACAUCGGCAGCCGGCGGCAUCCUGGCGGCAACGAGUCGCAAAAGACAGGAUGUGCCGCCAGUGCCGCAGCCGCGGCAAAGGAUCGCCAAGGAAAGACCCGACGUCAGGGUUUUGCCUUCCAAUAGGAAUCGUAAGUCGCGUAGAAGGCGCAUAACGGUCGCAGAUAUAACGCAAAAUGGGGAAAAUAUCAAGGAAUAUGAAUCAUCUGCAGUACCAAAACCACCUGGAAGAAAUUUGGAUGUUGUUAGACGGCCCAAAAAACUGAUACCUGUCGACUUCGAUUUAAAGUUGGAUGCAGAGGAUGAUGACGAUGAUGAUGACGAUGAUUACAACGAAGAGGAAUUUGAAACGCGAUUUGAGGAAGAAGACGAAGCUUCUAAUUAUUGGCAACUAAAGGAUUACAACUUUGGAACUCGCGAAGGUAUGCGAAAUGGACAUAAGGAUUAUCACCAGCAGAGGGAUGACGAUGAAGUAGGAUCUGCAAAUCCCUGGCGGAAAACCGGCGGACUUCGUUUAACCAGAAACGAGUAUCAUCGAUUUUGCGAUGCUCAACUAGAAUCUUACGAUUUAGCAACGCAGUGUCCUUCCCGGAGAGCAUCCGCAAAGAGACAUGCUGCAAAGUGUGCUAUACCAUUAAUGUCACUUACGGGGACGACAUCCCUGCCACAAUCAAGACCGCAAAGUCGACAACACGCUGGUCUCACAGAUUCUACACUGAGCCAAGGUCCAAGUCCUAACAUUAGUUUGAAUCCCAGCCCAAAUCACAGUCCGCAACCACGUGCGCCCAGGCAACCGCGACGAGCAUACACGAUUGCACAUGAGGAUAAGGAUGAUAGAGCUCAUGGCGAUGAGUGGGAGGACGAUACCGAUAAGAAGGGAAUACUAGGGGAUAUGUUGCUGGACGAAAGACUGUCGUUAACAUUGGAUGAAAUCGUGCACAUUCGUAGCGUGCUCACGAAGGCGGAAUUAGAGUCUCUUCCCGUAGAAGGACGUGUUAAAGAGGAUGUGGAGAAAAGACGUGUUUGUUUUCUCUGCCUGAAAACACGUUUCGGGCUCUUAGGUCCUUGGGGACAACGCUGUCGUUUAUGCAAAAGAACUGUUUGCGUGAAAUGUUAUUCGAAAAUGCGAAUUCCGACAGAGCAGUUUGCCCGAGUGCCGGUCGUACUCCUUUCUCCCGGAUUAUUACUCUCGCCAACGGAAACAGAAACCAGUAGCGGCAAGAAUACUUGGUUAAGGAAUGCGGGGGCGGUCGGCUCGGCACCGGCUUCUCCCGCAUCUAGGCGAAAGGAUUCCGCAUUACGUAGCGGCACGCCCACUUCAACGCCAACGAUGACACCGGUCUCCGCACUGACGCCAAUAUCAACGCCUUCUCAUGCACGUCGAGAGAUAGAAAAUCAGGGAUCGGAGAAGAGAUGUUAUAAGGGCGGUGGCAGUCCCGCCGCUCUUUCGACCACGAAGACAUUCUCCGGCUCGAGCGGCCCGACCGCUGAGCAGCGUCUGGCGGCGGAACGGUUACGUGGUGUCGCCGUAGUUGUCUGCCACGAUUGUCGUAUCAUGGUCAUCCAGAUAAUCAAGAGUUCGAGAACAACACGUGCGACAAUACGCAACAAUGUCAUUUCUCGUCUCACUCUGAAUCUGUCCCCCGCCUACGUUUAAUCCUCUUCACUUCUUAAUACCAUUUCCAUCACUGACUGCUAUUCUUACUAUUGUUUUCUCCGUAUUUAACGGAAAUUAGUAUUAUACUGUAUACGUAUUGGUAGCGAGUUGGUAACAAUUGUUAUCACGACUCGAAAGAAAAUAUGUGUCUAUAUGUGCAGAUGCAAAUAGGACAGUCAUUCUCUUGUAAUGCGUGUUGCAGGACUACAUUGGUUUUCGUAUUGUAAGAUAAUGAUAAUGAAGAAUUAUCCGUAUAAGAAAUAGGCAUGUCUAAAAUUUGUUUGGUACAGAUUUAUUUAAACUUUGUGUGUUGAUAUGUUUGUCCUGGAUAUAAGUUUUAUUGAUUACUACAUAAUGAAUCGAAAGAAGUCAAUCAAUAUUACAGUAGUUUCUUUAUGAUCAAUAUUAUUUGAAAUGCAAUAGAGAUGUAUGUGUAUUAAUCAUUUUUAUGUAUUAAUCAUUCAGCCUAAAUGUAUUACUAGAGUCUAACUAAUGUUUAUAUGCUUUGUCCUAAAAUAAAAAUUUUAUUUUACA